AUGUCACCUCUACUACCGUAUGUAUCCCCAUCAGUUCUUGAGCGACUCGACCAAGGUCUAUUUCGCGGCUUCAUAUCUUCGAGAUUUAGGGUUAGGGUUAGGGUUAGGGUUAGGGUUAGGGUUAGGGUUAGGGUUAGGGUUAGGGUUAGGGUUAGGGUUAGGGUUAGGGUUAGGGUUAGGGUUAGGGUUAGGGUUAGGGUUAGGGUUAGG